AUGGGAAGCGACUGUUGCGGCCAACAGGCUUCUGCCCCGGAAAUAAUGGCUGCACCAGAUGCGGCUCUAGCUGCGCAGACCAACGUCUGCCAGCAAUCUCGCUCCGAUGACGACUGCUCUGAAACUCUCAGCUUUGAGAACCCGAGUCAAGGAGAUCGGCUUCAAGCCGCACUGGAUGAUUGCUGCUCUUCUGGGAGAUGCGAGGAUGAGAAAGCUCCAGAUGAUACUGACCAGCCUGAUUGCUGCCGUGGCAAAGUCAGCCCAUGCUGCGAUACGUCUUGCCUCGAUCGCUUGGCAAUGCGAGAGUGCGAGAUGAAUGCUGCUGUCCUCGGCCCCGGCGCUCAGACAAACGCAUGCAGCGAAGCGACUGAUGGCCAGGCAUGCAGCCAGCAUAGUCUCUCUGUUCUCGACCGCUAUGGGGCCACUCUACGGGCCUUGGGAUGCAUUUGCCGCGCUCUCAUUGCUCUUGGCCAGGAAACCUGCUGUAACGUCCCGGGCCGCCGCUCUCCAGACACGAAGAAGUGCUCCAAGGACGCUUCGGGCCGCGAACUUUUUCGCACCUCGCUGGAUGACUGCCGUCGUAGCGAACCUGUCACCAGGGAUCAGGCUGCGAGAAACCGUCUUCGCCUACGAAAGGGUGCUGGUGAAAGCGCCAUGUUCAUCAUGCCCGCCAAAGAAGCUUUUACCGACAACUGUGCGGGCUCUUGUUGUUCAAAGAGCGAGCCCGCCAAGAAGCCAUCCAAUACUACUUGUUCCGGCUCCUGCUGCAAGCCACUGAAACAGGAUACUGCGAAAGCCACAAAGCGUGGAUGCGUGGACUCUUGCUGCUCAAAAGACCGGCCGACCAGCCCUCAAGGCUCGUGCAGCGAUAUUUGUUGCUCUUCUGCUAUGCCUGAUCCUGUGCUGAACAUCGAAAAAGCCCCGAUUCCCGCCAUCACAGACAUGGAAAAUCAGGGCACCGGAAAAGAGCAUGUAGUUCUUAGCGUUUCUGGUAUGACCUGUACUGGUUGCGAAACAAAGCUCAACAGAACCCUCGCUACUGUCCCUGCUGUCAAGGACUUGAAGACGAGUCUCAUUCUCUCUCGAGCCGAGUUCAACAUUGAUCUUCGAUUGGGAUCAGUAGAGGAAGUCAUGAAACAUCUAGAGCGAACGACCGAAUUUAAAUGUGAAAGAGUCCAGAACAAAGGAUCUAGCCUGGAUUUUAUCGUCCCCAAUGAGCUCUCGAAGUUCCUCGGUCAAAUAUGGCUAGACGGCGUUAUCGACAUGGCACGCGUAGAUGAUCAGACUGUGCGAGUUACUUUUGAUCCGAAGAUAGUCGGAGCUCGAGACCUCACUGAGAAAAUUUGGGGCCCGCCAGUCACACUUGCUCCUCUACGCGGUGAUGUUUCGCUAGAGGCUAGCAGCAAGCAUGUUCGCCAUGUCGGGUAUACGACGCUUCUCUCUGCCAUCUUGACGAUUCCGGUACUGGUCAUGGCGUGGGCGCCACUUCCUGAGAAGAAAGUGGCAUAUUCCUCUGCUUCAUUUGCCUUGGCCACUAUUGUUCAAUUUGUCAUAGCAGGUCCUUUCUAUCCCAAGGCUCUGAAGGCUCUGGUUUUCUCUAGAGUGAUCGAGAUGGACCUCUUGAUCGUCUUGAGCACAAGUGCUGCCUACAUCUUCUCGGUUGUCUCCUUUGCAUGCCUCAUUAUAGGAACGCCUCUUUUGACUAGUCAAUUUUUCGAAACGAGCACUCUCUUGGUUACUUUGAUCAUGGUAGGUCGAUGGGUCGCCGCUCUCGCUCGCCAGAGAGCAGUUGAAUCCAUUUCUAUCCGGUCACUUCAGGCAUCGACAGCCAUCCUUGUAGAUCAAGAGAGCGGAACCGAACGCGAGAUUGACGCACGGCUAUUGCAAUACGGGGAUACAUUCAAAGUACUCCCUGAUACUAGAAUUCCGACCGACGGCACUGUCAUCAAGGGCUCAUCUGAAGUUGAUGAGUCUAUGCUUACUGGCGAAUCCCGGCCAGUGGAAAAAUAUUCCAAAUCUGUCGUCAUUGCUGGGUCUAUCAAUAGAUCUGGAGUUCUGACUGUUAGACUGAACCGUUUACCCAGCGACAAUACUAUCUGUGCCAUUGCUGCAAUGGUUGACGAAGCUAAACUACUGAAGCCUAAGCUGCAGGAUCUUGCGGACCGAGUAGCAUCCUACUUUGUCCCGAUUGUAGUGGCAUUAGCGACUAUCACAUUCGUCAUCUGGAUUGCAGUGGGCAUGACUGUUCGUGGGUAUGAUGGAUCUGAAGCUGCCACUCAGGCUAUCACGUACACCAUUGCUGUCCUCAUCGUCUCUUGCCCCUGCGCCAUUGGAUUGGCUGUUCCUAUGGUUAUUGUGAUAGCAAGCGGAGUCGCGGCAGAAAAGGGUAUCGUCUUUAAGUCUGCGGAUGCUAUCGAGGUUGCUCACAAGACGUCACACGUCGUGUUUGACAAGACUGGUACCUUGACUCAGGGAAAGCUUUCGGUUGUCACGGAGAACUUCCUUGAUAUUGGCAAACUUUCGCUUCUUCUAGGCCUUGUUGAAAGCAGCCGACACCCAGUCUCGGUCGCUGUGGCUGCUCAUCUUAAGGAAGCUGGAGUCAUAGCCUCGGCUGUUGCUGAGCCCAAGAGUAUUACUGGUAAAGGUGUUGAAGCCAUCGUGGGCGGCGAGACUCUUCGAGCAGGCAAUUCCCGCUGGCUCGAUUUGACGAAUCAUGAACUUGUUCAACCAAUGCUUGCUCAAGGGUACACGGUCUUCUGCUUCACUAUCGAUAACACGUUAAUGGUAGUCUACGGCCUUGAAGAUGAGCUUCGACCUGACUCAGUGGAGACGAUUAGAGCAUUGCAAAGGCGCGACGUUUCGGUGCAUCUAGUUUCUGGAGACGACGACGGAGCUGUGCAGACUUUGGCAUCCAAGCUCAGCAUUCCUUACGACCUUGUGCGUUCUCGAAGCUCACCCGCCGACAAGAAGGACUAUAUACAGAAGCUCCUUGGUACGACUACAGGUCGCAAACAGCCGGUUAUCGUUUUCUGCGGCGACGGCACGAACGAUGCCGUUGCUCUCGCGCAAGCAACCAUCGGCGUCCAUAUGAACGAAGGCACGGAUGUCGCACAAUCCGCAGCGGAUGUAGUUCUCAUGCGCCCUUCUCUUGGUGGCAUCCUUACUAUGAUGGACGUCAGUCGGAAAUCCGUCAACCGCAUCAAGUUCAAUUUUAUGUGGAGUUUCGUUUACAACGCUUUUGCAAUCCUCCUCGCCGCGGGUGCUUUCGUCAAUGCGAGAAUUCCUCCAGAGUAUGCGGGACUAGGAGAGUUGGUAAGCGUACUGCCAGUCAUUGCUGCUGCGGUGUUACUGCGUUGGUCGACGAUCUAGGUCUACUAUGGUUGAAAUCGUAACAACUUUACUCAAUAUCCCCUGAAGUAGCUGCUGUUAGGGAUGGCAAGGGACACCUCCGACCAUAUUCAGGUUACAAACCGCGAGAGGUAGGAAUAGUAAAGAGAUACUCAAUCAUUAAUGGCAAACUAUACAAACUAAACUAUCGCC